GCAUAAUUUUUUUUACCUAUAUUUAAAUUCGUAAAAUCUGAAUUCUUAAUAAUAAAUACCAUGUACCAUAUUAUGCAAUUGUAGGAAAUGGAUGAAAAUAAAUCUCGAUUUGUUAUGCAAAUGAUUUUAUGAUUCUAUUUCAUGAGUAUGCAACUGCUUAUCACUCAGUGCCGUGAUUCAGUCCAUGAUAUUCAUUCAAUAAUAAUCUCAUUUUAUCAAAUUUAAAGAUUCGUGCUGUACUGAAGGCUGUUGGAGAUUGCAAUAAUAAACAUUAGUCAUUAGUUGAGCGACGAUAUUCUCCAAGAAUUUGCAAUUCGAAAAUUUCUUUAUUCCAGUAUUCCAUGUGAGACGCAAUAUUAUAAAAUAACUAUUAACCAUUAAAACUGUAUAGUGUAUAGAAAAUAAACAUUAUCGUUAGAAAUUAUAAUUGUGUGAAUACUUUGAGUAUUAGGGACUAACACAAUAAUAUAUUAGAUAAUAUUGAUUGUAUUAUUAUGAAAAAUAAUUUUUAUUUUAAAAACAAAUUGUUUUUUUUUCUAGGAUAAUUUCAAAAUGCCCCCACUAGACUUGGAUGAAGAGUUACUUAAAGAUGAAGAAUUGGUAACAAAUAUUUGCAAUUUGGAUAAUUCAAUUAUGGAUAUUGAAACAUUACUUGAAUCAAAAAUGAGUGUCGAUUAUAACUCUCUAUCUAUUGAAGAUAAAAUAAAACAUGAUCUACUUUUUGCUUUUGCAUUGAAUAGUUUAUAUUGGAUGUACCUGCGAUUAGAUGGCGUUGAUCCAAUAACUCAUAAUAUUAAACGUGAAUUGGAGCGGAUAAAAACCUCAAUAAAUAUGGCUAAGGGUGCUCUAGCCAAAAAGAAUAUGCUAAGGGUUGAUAAAGAAGCUGCUGAACGAAUUGUUGAACAUGCUCUUUGGACACCGGAAAAUAACAAACGUGGAACAUUCGAUAUAAAAAGGCAAAAUAAAAAAAUUAAAUUUGAUAACGAUUAUAACCCAUCAACAUGAAAUUAUGUAAUGUAACCUUACAUUUUUGUACAUUUAUUAUAAGUUUACAGUAAACUUAACUUUAAAAAACUAAAGAUGACCAAAGUACUUGAAAUAUAUCACUCUUUUAAAUACACAUCCUUCAACAUUCUUGAAUUGUCUUUUUUAAUAUUCUUUCU